GUCGGCGUGAACGUCGCCGAGCUCUGAAUGGACACUAAUAGGGAAUGUAAUAUUCUUCUGACACUGCCUGCUUUCUUCUGUCAUUUAAUCUCCGCAACGGAAGCCGGGUGUUGAGCGAGCGACGGAGGUGAUGUGAUGGCAGAGCUAGCAGGCGGGAUGGAUCAGAGCAGACAAUCUGCUGCACACUGAACCAACUGGAUGCCACAGCCUAGAUUUUAGACAGAAUGGAUUUCCUCAAUUACACAGAGGGGGUGUUUGCCACGAACACUAGUGGUAAUGACUCACUGGAGACCACUAAACUCCCUCCCACUAAAGCCCUUCUGACAGUGACCCUUUCUAUUGUGGCUAUCCUCACCACAUUCUUCAACUGCCUGGUGAUCACAGCCAUCGCUGUCACCCGCAAGCUGCACCACCCUGCCAAUUACCUCAUCUGCUCAUUAGCAGUGACCGACCUGCUGGUGGCUGUGCUGGUCAUGCCCUUCAGUAUCAUGUAUAUUCAGAAAGAGACCUGGGUCAUGGGCCAGGUGAUGUGCACCAUCUGGUUGAGUGUGGACAUCACCUGUUGCACAUGCUCCAUCCUGCAUCUUGCUGCGAUUGCCAUUGACCGCUACAGGGCCAUUACGGAUGCUGUGGAGUACUCUCGCAAACGUACAGGUGCCAGAGCUGGCGCCAUGGUGGCGGUGGUUUGGCUUCUGUCCAUCCUUGUGUCGCUUCCUCCUUUGCUGUGGCGCCACUACAGUGGGGAUGGAGACAUUGAAGACCAGUGUAUCAUCACCCACCAUCACUUGGCCUUCACCUUGUACUCCACUUUUGGAGCGUUUUACAUCCCCCUACUGCUCAUCCUCAUCCUCUACUAUAAAAUCUACAAGGCUGCUCAGACCCUUUAUAUGCGCAGGGAGGCAAGCCGAGCCAGCCGUCACUCGUGUAUGACCAACGGGAGCAUGAUUCCGUCGUCUUUCCCAGCUGGUGAUGGGGACAUUGAUGGGGGGCCACGCAGUCCAGAGCCCAUAAGCCCACCAGAGAAAUCUGUAUCUGAACCCUCAACUGAGGAGCCACCCCGCGAAAAGGUGCGGGUGGCGGUAAAGGCUUUCAAAUGCAAGACACGCCGGCAUGAGUCGCGCAGCGAGUCACGUCGGAGUCAGUUUUACCAAGGACCGAGGAUCUCGGGCUCACGGGAGCGCAAAGCGGCAUCCACAUUGGGUUUGAUAAUAGGAGCCUUUGUCAUCUGUUGGUUGCCGUUUUUUGUCAAGGAGGUGAUCGUGAACACCUGUGGCUCUUGCAGUACUUCAGUGGAGAUGGCUGACUUUCUGACGUGGUUGGGCUACCUCAACUCGCUGAUCAACCCACUGAUCUACACCAUAUUCAAUGAAGACUUCAAAAAAGCUUUCCAAAGACUCAUUAGGUGCAGUCAUUACCUCUGAUGGCUACGAUUACCAUGCCAUACACAGCCACAUACAUGUAACCAGAAAGAAACAGCUGAAAGAAUACUAACUGAGGCAAUGAAAAAACAAACUCAAUGAGGAUCAACGCCCAUUUCCAGGCCAACAGCCUAUAUGGCAUCAGCUCUGCAAAAUUCCACUCUGAAAUCCAGAUCCUGCUAUUAGUGGACUGGCCUGAGAUUUCCUUGAUGUUAACUGAUGUGUUUUUGAGGGGACACUGACAUGUUGGUUUUUAGAAAAUGGGCCAUCACUGACCUUUUCAGCCCAAUUUAAAGGUCCUUGAAAUAGCUCUCCAUUAUGUCUGUUUCAUCUAAUGACCUCCUUUCUAUCUAGUCCACACUGCUAGCUUAAAUACAGGAUAUGUAUUACAAAAACAUACCAAGAUGUAAGUAUCUGUGGCCUUGGCAUCAUCGAAGGAUAGUAAUUGUUAAGAGAAAUAGAGGUCUAAUGUGUACUGAGCCAUGGUAGAUGUUCCAAAAGCACGAAAUGAAGCAUCUUCUGCUAAGUGCAUUGACUUAAUUGGUUUAACCAUUGCCUGCCUCUCAGCAAUUUCUUAACACACAAUUUUUUAAAUGAUAGCUAAGAAUUCCUCCAAUACGAAGAUAAUAUUUUAUAAUCUAGGACCAAAUCAUACCACGCAUAACACAUUAUAAAUUCAAAAAACAGAUCAAACAAAACCUGAGGUAGUCUGAGCUCCCCUUGUUCAAGGCUGCUUUUGGAGGUUUCAGGUAUUAGGGAAAAAUGUUUAGUUCCACUGCCAGUUUAAGUAAUGCACAAUGUUUUAUGUCUUUUUUUGUCUCAAGGUAUUUAUUUAUCUCUUGUAGAGCCAUUAAACAGCCCCAUCCCAUCUCACUUCCAUGCCAUUCCCAGCAUUAGGUUAAUGAAUGUGAAAACUACUGGUGGAGAAAUCCUCAUUACAUUAAUCCCACUCAGUACUUGAAAUAGAACCACUAUUCCUUUACUGCCUCCAAGAGGGCACAUGCUACGUUGAUGGAAAUGUUGUGGAUGAGUCAAGUGUGAGGGUGUACUGUAUCCCUGAGAGAUUGUACGUGUGUAAUAUACUUACAUACAU